CCCAAAUUUACGCAAGCUCCAUCCAUGUACAAAGUCCACUUCAACGAUAGAAUUUUAGAACAGUAUAAGUUGGGUCCUUUGUUGCCUCCACGAUUAGUUUCCCCCAACACUUCCAUCUCUCUUCGGACAUCAUAUUAACGAUCCUCUUUUUAUAUAUGCCCUUCAAGGACAUGUAGAGUUCUCUCUUCGGACAUCAUUGUUUCCGCGCCGAAUCUUUCAUAACCAGAAAACAAAUCAUGCAACCACGCGAAAGUCUCGGCCACGGCGGUUACCUUGCCGAAUCUGAUUCAUCGUCGUUUAGUUUUCUUCAUGAAUGCCUCACCACUCUCACUGGUCACGCGUCGUAUAUAUCGUCUCUGGCGCUUUCGGGGAAGAGGUUAUACGCAGGGUUUUUCGAUGGCGAUGUAAAAUUGUGGAGCGUUAAAACGCUUCUGGACAGCGAGAACGAAGUCUCCCGCAGCAAUCUGAUCACACCACCGGGAGGAGGAGCAGUAAAGUCUUUGGUAGUUUUGGAAGAUAGACUCUUCACUGCUCAUCAGGACCAUAAGAUACGUGUAUGGAGGAUCAACGACGAAGAAUCCGAUGGAAACAACGGUGGCAGCAGUAAACGUUACAUGCGUCUAGCGACCUUGCCAACUCUCGGAGACCGUUUCGCGAAGUGUUUGAUGCCCAAGAACCAAGUUCAGGUACGAAGGCACAAGAAAUCUACGUGGGUUCACCAUGUUGACGCUGUUUCGGGUUUAGCCUUAUCAAGAGAUGGAGCGUUACUGUACUCGGUCUCGUGGGAUCGGACCCUCAAGAUAUGGCGGACCAGCGACUGUAAAUGCCUCGAAUCCAUCACGAACGCUCAUGAUGAUGCGGUAAACGCGUUAGCCAUAGCUGAUGAUGGAGAUAUAUACAGUGGCUCCGCAGAUAGGACCAUAAAGAUAUGGAGGAAACACGUCGAGGAGAAGAAGCAUUCGCUGGUUUCUACCCUCUCGAAGCACAAUUCAGGAAUCAACGCAUUAGCGUUAAGCUCCAAUGCCUCUCUUUUAUUCUCCGGAGCAUGUGACGGAUCGGUUUUCGUGUGGGAAAGAGAUAAUGAUGGAGAGAUUGUGGUUGCAGGUGUACUAAGAGGGCAUACAGAGUCUAUUCUUUGCUUAGCCAUUGUUUUGGACAUCCUUUGCAGUGGUUCCGCAGACAAGACGGUGAGGAUAUGGAGAAGCUCGGCCAGAGACUGUUCGUGUUUGGCAGUUUUGGAAGGGCAUAAAGGACCGGUUAAGUGCUUAAGCGGAGCGGCGUCUGAGGAAUCGUACCUCAUUUACAGUGGAGGUUUGGACUGUGACAUUAAGAUCUGGACGGUUUUGGUUCCACCCUUAUAGAAGUUGAGCUUGGUUCGUCUAAUGGUUUUGGGGAGAUUUGGUCAAGCUUAUCAUCUAAGAGGCGUCUUGGGUUUUCUCUGUCUUGUUUCGUUUUCCUUUUCUCGGGUUUGAAGGAGAUUGAAAGGUGAACAGAAGUUGAGCUCCAAUGACGACGAAUCAUAUAAAUUUUAUUCGUGGAAUUUCUA